CAAGAUAAUACAGGACAAACUAUUUAUCUGUCCUGUAUUAUCCUGUGUAGAGCAGACCCAGAGCAGCCCCAGUGUAGCUAAAACGAACAAGCCCAGUGUUUGUAAUCAUAAUAGGUUAUUCGGAUUGUUCGCACAGUGCUUUGUGAUAUAUUGCCACCGUAUUGGUGACGAUUAGUUUAAGGACAGUUGGAGUAGUUUUAAUAAUUUACGAGACAAAAUGAACGCACCACCAACCUUCGAAUCCUUCUUAUUAUAUGAAGGAGAAAAAAAGAUAAUAAAAGAACAGGACACCAAGGUACCAAAUGCUGCUAUCUUUACAGUUAACAAAGAGGAUCACACUCUCGGAAACAUGAUUCGCAACCAAUUACUGAAGGAUCCUCAAGUAUUAUUUGCUGGUUACAAAGUCCCUCAUCCACUGGAACAUAAGUUUGUUAUUAGGAUACAGACAACAUCGGAUUAUACUCCUCAUGAAGCUUUUAUGCAUGCUAUUACUGAUUUGAUUGCAGAGCUGUCAUUGUUUGAAGAACGUUUUAAGGAGGCGAUUAAAGAAAAAAAGGAAGGUUUGGAUUAAAUUGCCAAACUCAAUAUAUCCGUACAUUCUAUAGUUUGCAGAAUUUUUUAUAUCUUCGAUUUAAUUUGUAUAAAGUAAUUAAUAUAUUUACAUUGAGACAUAUUACAAAUGCCAUUAGGAAAAGAUAAUCAAUCAUGUAUGUUCGAAAAAGUGAAUCAGCUCAGAAUAAUUUGCAAAAUAGCUUUGUAAAUUAGUUCAAACAUGUUUAACUAUUGUAAUAACAAUUGAAUCUUGGAACAGAUUUCACUUUUGUAAAUAUUUUAAAUAUAAGUAUUUUGUAUGUUGAAAAA